AUGCGGUCUUCAGUCUGUGUCUUCGCUCUACUCAGCGGAAUUCUCCCUGCGGCGCUGGCAGUGGUACUUGCGGACCCGAAUCUGAUGAUCAAUGGCAUCACAUUCCCGACUCGAGCCCACUGGAUGCGCCUGGCAAACGAAGCACUAGGCGAGAUAAGUGGCUCUCCUUGUCCCUUUGCCGCCUUCGGAACGGUCAUCGUCAACCAUACGGCCUCCGAAGCAGGCAAACUCAUUUGCAUGGGCGUCAAUGAGAAUGGAAAUACCGGCAAUCCUUCUCUCCACGGAGAAAUUGCGGCCAUCAAGAAUUGCACGUCGAUUCUAACUGACCCCCAUGGCAAGUUCCGUAUGAGCGCGUCCGAGGCACAAGAUGCGUUCGCCGACCUAACGCUGUACACAAAUGCUGAGAGCUGUCCUAUGUGUGCCUCUGCAAUUCGCUGGGCAGGGUUCCGAGAAUAUGUCUACGGAACGUCGAUCGAUACACUAAUCCAAAAUGGCUGGGGUCAGAUCCGUAUUUCUUCAUUUGACGUCUUUGAGGCCUCUUUCGACCUUCCGAGUCACGCGCGAUUAAUGGGCAAUGUUCUCACCAAUGAGACCGAUCCCUAUUUCUUGUGGCAGUACGAUCCGAGCUACCCGUGCCCCCAUGGUUGUUCACGAACGAGGGAUGGGACAAGUUGCAAGGCUUCUUCGAAGUAG